AAGGAAGGAGGUGGGCUCUGGGCUUCGGACCCAUUCAUUGCUGCGGCUGGCCGGGCGGGGGUCCCUUGUUUUCGGAGUCAUGGAGGCGCUAAUUCCUGUCAUCAACAAGCUCCAGGACGUCUUCAACACGGUGGGCGCCGACAUCAUCCAGCUGCCUCAAAUUGUCGUAGUGGGAACGCAGAGCAGUGGAAAAAGCUCAGUGCUAGAAAGCCUAGUGGGGAGGGACCUGCUUCCCAGAGGUACUGGUAUUGUCACCCGGAGACCUCUCAUUCUGCAGCUGGUCCAUGUUUCACCAGAAGAUAAACGAAAAACAACAGGAGAAGAAAAUGACCCUGCUACAUGGAAAAAUUCAAGACACCUUUCUAAAGGGGUGGAAGCAGAAGAAUGGGGUAAAUUUCUUCACACCAAAAAUAAGCUUUACACAGAUUUUGAUGAAAUUCGACAAGAAAUUGAAAAUGAAACUGAAAGAAUUUCAGGAAAUAAUAAGGGAGUAAGCCCUGAACCAAUUCAUCUUAAGAUUUUUUCACCCAAUGUUGUCAACCUGACACUUGUGGAUUUGCCAGGAAUGACCAAGGUGCCUGUAGGUGAUCAACCCAAGGAUAUUGAGCUUCAAAUCAGAGAGCUCAUUCUUCGGUUCAUCAGUAAUCCAAAUUCCAUUAUCCUCGCUGUCACUGCUGCUAAUACAGAUAUGGCAACAUCAGAGGCACUUAAAAUUUCAAGAGAGGUAGAUCCAGAUGGUCGCAGAACCCUAGCAGUGAUCACUAAACUUGAUCUCAUGGAUGCGGGUACUGAUGCCAUGGAUGUAUUAAUGGGAAGGGUUAUUCCAGUCAAACUUGGAAUAAUUGGAGUAGUUAACAGGAGCCAGCUAGACAUUAACAAUAAGAAGAGUGUAACUGAUUCAAUCCGUGAUGAAUAUGCUUUUCUUCAAAAGAAAUACCCAUCUCUGGCCAAUAGAAAUGGAACAAAGUAUCUUGCUAGGACUCUAAACAGGUUGUUGAUGCAUCACAUCAGAGAUUGCUUACCAGAGCUGAAAACAAGAAUAAAUGUUCUUGCUGCUCAAUAUCAGUCUCUUCUAAAUAGUUAUGGUGAACCUGUGGAUGACAAAAGUGCUACUUUACUCCAGCUUAUUACCAAAUUUGCCACAGAAUAUUGUAACACUAUUGAAGGAACCGCAAAAUAUAUUGAAACUUCAGAGCUAUGUGGUGGUGCUAGAAUUUGUUAUAUUUUCCAUGAGACUUUUGGGAGAACGUUAGAAUCUGUUGACCCACUAGGUGGCCUUAACACUAUUGACAUUUUGACUGCCAUUAGAAAUGCUACUGGUCCUCGUCCUGCUUUGUUUGUGCCUGAGGUUUCGUUUGAGUUACUGGUCAAGCGGCAAAUCAAACGUCUAGAAGAGCCCAGCCUCCGUUGUGUAGAACUGGUUCAUGAGGAAAUGCAAAGGAUUAUUCAGCACUGUAGCAAUUACAGUACACAGGAAUUGUUACGGUUUCCUAAACUUCAUGAUGCCAUAGUUGAAGUAGUGACUUGUCUUCUUCGUAGAAGGUUGCCUGUCACAAAUGAAAUGGUUCAUAACUUAGUGGCAAUUGAACUGGCUUAUAUCAACACAAAACAUCCUGACUUUGCUGACGCUUGUGGGCUAAUGAACAAUAAUAUAGAGGAACAAAGGAGAAACAGGCUAGCAAGAGAAUUACCUUCAGCUGUGUCACGAGACAAGUCUUCUAAAGUUCCAAGUGCUUUGGCACCUGCCUCCCAGGAGCCCUCCCCUGCUGCUUCUGCUGAGGCUGAUGGCAAGGUUGCAUCUGGAGGUGGUGGGGUUGGAGAUGGUGUUCAAGAACCAACAACAGGCAACUGGAGAGGAAUGCUGAAAACUUCAAAAGCUGAAGAGUUAUUAGCUGAAGAAAAAUCAAAACCAAUUCCAAUUAUGCCAGCCAGUCCACAAAAAGGCCACGCUGUGAAUCUUCUGGAUGUGCCAGUUCCUGUUGCACGAAAAUUAUCUGCCCGUGAACAGCGAGAUUGUGAGGUUAUUGAACGACUCAUCAAAUCAUAUUUUCUUAUUGUCAGAAAGAAUAUUCAAGACAGUGUGCCAAAGGCAGUAAUGCAUUUUUUGGUUAAUCAUGUGAAAGAUACUCUUCAGAGUGAGUUAGUAGGACAACUGUAUAAAUCAUCUUUACUUGAUGAUCUUCUGACUGAAUCUGAGGACAUGGCACAGCGUAGGAAAGAAGCAGCUGAUAUGCUAAAGGCAUUACAAGGAGCCAGCCAAAUAAUUGCUGAAAUCCGGGAAACUCAUCUUUGGUGAAGAGAACUAUAUAGCACUGAGACUUUUUUGACUCGAAACUUGCUAGUUACUGUCUACUUGAGUAGAAUUUUAUUUAUGAACUUCUGUGUGUUGCAAUGGUAUGAAUCUGCUCAUGUGAAGACUGGCUAUAAACUGAAAAGUGUACUCUAUUGCAGAACAAAUCACACAUUUAAUCCAAAUAAUAAAUGGCUGUUUAUAAAAUUUUCCAGUAUAUAUAAAAUACAUUCAAUGUGUCUUGUAAAUGAACUGUUAAUGUUCUAGUUGUACAAAGAAGUUUGCCUGUGGAUAAGAUGACCUGUGUAAUCCCUGUUAGUAGUCUUAAAGCUGCUGCCAUAGUCCUUCAAGAAAGCACCAAGACAACAUUUCAUAUGACUAAUGCAUGUACUAUAUACACUGAUGUGGGUUGGCAACUUCCUCACAUAGAGUCACUAUAUUCCACCCAUGACUCUGUGAUGAACUCGCCAAUCCACAUCUUUAAUUCCACCUGUCCUUCAAAUUUUUUUUUUUUUGAGCUGCUUUGAUGUGUAAGAAACCUGAAUGCACAAGAGGAUCUGUAAGGUUGACAAAGAUACUGUGUGGUUACAUAGCCCUUCCACUUCUGGGUCCACAAUGCCCUUAGUGCAUCAAAAUUUAAAAUACGCUUUGAUUCUUACUUAAAACUGAAUUACAAUUUCCUGCAUUAAAAACAACCAUCUAGACUUGAUUAUCUAGUAAGACAUGGUAACGAUGGCCAGUUCUUUUUAGGUUUAGAGGAUCCAAUGGUAACCUUAACUUUCCCUUAGUUUGCAAAUAUAGUACUCAUUACGAUACAUCUGGGGGUGGGGAGAAAAACAAAUACAUCUCUAAAGUGGGGCACUUACACCACCAGGUUCCAAGAUUCACUUUGAUGUGGGAUUUAAAACCAAUCUACUCUCUGUAUUAGUUGGUAACAGCUACUUUUGCUUCAUACCAACAAAAUACAGUAGAAUAGUAUGAAAAUACUGGUGGAAGUUUAUUAUUUGAAGAAAAACAUCUGGACACACACUCCUAAAGGCUUACAGCUGUUAAACUGCAUUUAGGAGGUGGGGGUGAGGUUUAAAACAUAUACAUAUUUUAUUAAAAUUCCCCAGGUGAUUCUUGGUAUGAACUACUAUAUUAUAAAUUGUAAGAUAUGGGUAGAUAUCCUUAAACAUCUAGCUCCAUCUCUCUCUAGCAGAUAACACAUUAAGGAAAUUAUACAUUGCAGAUAUUAUAAAAUUUCCCAGGUUAUGACCAGACGUUUAUGAAGGACUGUUGGCAGAGAAAAUAUGAAUGUUAACUUUAGCUUAUGGUACAUACCCAUUUACUAAGAAACAACAGGUUCAGUGACGGAUCCCAAACAUAAAAAACCCAAAAUCAGUUUGAUAUGGUACUACUUUGAAUCUGUUAAUAGUACCAUAUUGACAGAAUACACACUACCAAAAUGUUUGUUAGUACACUUAAAAAUCACUCUGCAUCAUAAACAUCAGUUUUGAAAUUACAACCAUCCAUGAUUUACUUUUUUCAGAUAGUAGAUCAGAUGACUACCAACAUAACCUUUUAAAUUUGUAAGGGGAAAAAAAACCCAAAAAACUUACAGUGGUUCUUUCUCCAGCACAUCAAACAUUUCAAAUUGAAAAUGCUGGCUUUAGAGACAUGCUAUAGUAAUGUACCUGCUAGUACUACACACUUUGUACAAAGAAAAACAGAAGCAAGAAACUUAUGGAAAGAGAAAAAACUUUCAUUUGUUUGUCCUUAAACUGAGUGAAGUUCUGAAAUGUAGACAUGAUCUCUGACUUUUAUAAUAGAUACUUGUAUGUUCUUGCUGUGUAAAUAAAAUUGCUGGUAUGAAAUGACAUUAAAGUUUGUCAAUAAAU